CGUCUAGUUGGUCUGGCCCAAAUUAGUCGUGCCUGAUCGGGUAGACUCGUUAGUCGUGUCAUGUUCGGGCCGGCACUAUGGGCCGAGGUCCCGGCCCAGGCACGACACGGUCCAUGGGUCAUGUCGGCACUAACCUUAUUGGUAGUGGGCCGGGCUAGGUUAGUGUUGGAUUUUUUCGUGCCGUGCCUUGUGCGCCCGCUGGACCCAGCCCAUUUGGCCAACAAUAUUUGUAGGUUCCUUCCUAAUGGGAUGGAAAUUUAUGGUGUCCAGAUUGUCACUCUCGUAUGGUGUGGCUCUUCUUUCUCACGUCUGCUGCUCAAUCUUGCAACGCAAGGUGCCUGUCAAGUGCAGCAAUAUAAAACCAAAGCUUCAUCGAUCCAACGACUCCCAGCGGCACGUCAACCGAGCUCACCAAGAAGGCAAGAACCUUCAAUGGAGUCGCGCCACACGAGCAAGCGGGGAGCCAUGGCGGCGGCGGCGGCAGAGGACCGGCUGAGCGGCCUCCCCGACGACCUCCUCCACUCCAUCCUCCGCGGCCUCCCGCUCAAGCACGCCGCCCGCACCAGCGCGCUCUCCCGUCGGUGGGCGCGCCAGUGGCUGCGCGCGCUCGCCUCCUCCCCGGCCAUCGACUUCACCGACCGCGGCUUCGCCCGCGGCCAGCCGCCGGCGCGGGCCGCGGCCACGGUCAGCCGCUGGCUCGGGCUCCACGCCGAGUACGGCGCGCCGCUCGACGUGUUCCGCGUGGCGCUGGGGAGCGACGACGCCGCCAGCUCGUUCGGGCGGGACGUCGUCGGGUGGGUCGCAGCCGCCGUGGCGCGGGGCGCCAGGGACGUGGAGGUGGACCUGGCGCAGAGGCAGGGGGCGGACAACGAUCAUGGCAGCUCGACGUUCCUGGAGCUCCCCGGCGACCUGUUCCUGGCCAAGAACGCGCUGGAGCGGCUCGCGCUCGGCGGGUUCGGCCUCCGCGCCGUGCCGCCCGGCGCGGCCGGGCUCGCGGGCCUCCGCUCGCUCUCCCUCAGCCACGCCGACGUCACCGACCAGGCAGUUCAGGCCGUGGUCUCCAACUGCGUGGCGCUGGAGUCCCUCAGCCUGAGGCGCUGCCGCCACCUCACGUCGGUGAGGAUCGCCGGCGAGAAGCUGCGGGUCCUGGAGCUCGUGCGCUGCCCGGCCGUGCGCAGGCUGCAGGUCGCCGCGCCCGCGCUCGAGUCCUUCGCCUUCCACGGCGACAUCGUCUGCUCGAGCGACCCCGACGAGGACGACGCUGCUGCCGUCCACUUCGGUGCCACGCCGGCCCUGCGGGAUGCGUACCUGUCUCACCUCGGCUCCGGCGACUACGAUGACGACCGGCACGACUUCGCCUACUCAAACUUCUUGGAGUGCAUCGCGCAUGCCAACAUCUUGACGCUUUGCUCCGUUGGCUUGCUCCAUAUCGAUGUAAGCCGAGGAUUUGCGAUCGGGUUCGAUGCGCCGAAUCUCCAAGAGCUGCAGCUGCUGAUGCCCUCUCUAGGAGACGACGACGUGGAGCGCGUCUCCGCAUGUUUCGAGUUCAUCGUUUUCCCAAUCCUGGAUCGCCUCUUCAUCCGUUGCCAGUGCUCACCAGCUGAGUUUGUUCUGCUGAAACUGCAGCUCCUCGCCGGCGAACCCCCAGACGCUAGCGGCGCCGCGGCAUCGCCGGCGGCCGGCGAGGACGAGCCUGACAUCGUUCCUAACGUGGACAUCCUUCUCGACCACCUGACGCUCAUCAAGGUGGUGAACAUUCGAGGGACGAGGUGCGAGCUGCGGCUGCUCAGGUUCCUCAUGAACAGGGCUCCGGCACUGGAGCAGCUGCUGUUGGUCACCGUGGAAGAAGAGGGAGCUCUAGGAGAUGAGGAGAUGAAGGCCAUCCAAAUGCGGGUCUCGGCCAUGCGGACGGCCUCGCCGGAGGCGCGCGUGACCGUGUGCCGGCCGGGCGAAGACGGCAGCCGGAAUCCCGCACACACAAAGUUCUACCAUGAGGAGUAGGAGUAGUUCUCCUAUUUGUUCCAGGUUCUAUCUUCUCGUGGCCCCUUAUCAGAAAAAAGAAAUCCAUGUAACACCUCGGAACGAAACUUGGUUGUAAUCAGAAUAGAUCUAGUGGCACACUAAUAUCAGAAUGUACCAUUUGCAAUGGGAAAAAAAUGUUUGUUAGCAAUCUAGAGCAGCGGUAGGAUAGAAUCGGAGAAUUGGACCUAGGAAGGAGAUAGAACGCGAGUAUGAGGGCAGAGGAAUGGU